CCUUUGUGUUAAAAGCGAACGCGAGACAGGACCGCCUCACGCGUGCUCCUCGGCAAGCAAAGCACAGCGGCGGUGCUUCAAAGAAGCAAAACUUGGGGUCGGAGGAGCGAGGGAGCGAGAGGAGAGCCAGGCAUGCGCUCUUGGGCACUCCGACUCUCCAGCGCUGCGGCGGGUAGCAUGAGAGCCCCGCGCACGCGUACUGCUCUUCUACGCCCCUAAUUUCCUUUGUGCCUGCGCAGUUCUUGCUGCAGCCUCUGCGCGACCGCAGCGCUUGAUUCCGCUUUGAUUGCGCCUGCAGGUCGCUGCUGGGUGCAGUUCUUGGGCCCGUCGGCUUUGUCGUUGGCCAGGAGCUAAGGCCGACUGGAAACCCUUGAGCCAUCAGAACCCAAAUAUGGACCGCGAGAAAUGAAGCCCCAGCGGAGGCGCCGAACGGGAAGGGUGUGAGGGCUCGGGUCGGGUACGGGGAGUCCCCCAGGCCCCCACGUUUUCAGGACCCGGAGGGGCCUGUGCGUUGGCUGCCUGAAAGAAAGGGUUUUCUAACUCGGUAGGAGUUAGCUCUGAGCUUCGGUAUCUCGUUGUAACCCUCAGGACCCAGCAAAGGCACUUACCAGACUGAGCUGGCAGUGGGCCUGAUGGCAGAAGACAUCAACCGAGACCCCCUGGCAGGGAGAGGCACUCUCUGGGAGGCUCUCUGGGCACUCCUGCCCCCCAGUAAAGAUGACCUGACGCUGGGGCUCAGUGAGAGAGUGGAGAGGAGCAUGGUGAUGCUCCUGCAGCGAGCCUCCGACCUCUUGUACGGGGGCAGAGGGCAUGAGUGUCUGCAGACCAGUGAGGUGAUCCUCGACUACUCCUGGGAGAAACUCAACACAGGGGCAUGGCAGGAUGUGGACAAAGACUGGCGUCGGGUUUAUGCCUUCGGCUGCCUUCUGAAAGCCGUGUGUCUGUGUGAGGCCUCCAGCAACAGGACCGCUGUGGCCGCAGCCCUGAAAGUCUGCGACAUGGGCCUGCUGAUGGGGGCCGCCAUCCUUGGGGACAUCCUCAUUAAAGUCGCUGCCGUCUUCCAGAGGCACCUUCUUUCUGGAAAAAGGCCUGCCCAAGGCCCAACCCAGGAGCAGCCCAACAUAAAGAAAGCAAGGAAUGACCAUGUUUCGAUUCCAGAUGUGAAGUCAGAAGGAACAGUCCCCCGGCUCUACUGUCCAUCCCUCCAGUAUUUCAGGAAGCAUUUUUUGGUUCCCCAGAGGCCUGUGAUCUUGGAAGGCGUAGCUGACCAUUGGCCCUGCAUGAAGAAGUGGAGUUUGGAGUAUAUCCAAGAAAUUGCUGGCUGCCGAACUGUCCCAGUGGAAGUGGGCUCCAGGUACACUGAUGAGGAAUGGUCCCAGACCCUCAUGACCGUCAGUGAGUUCAUCAGCAGAUACAUCGUGAAUGAGCCAAGGGACAUUGGAUACCUUGCUCAGCACCAGCUCUUUGACCAGAUCCCAGAGCUGAAGCAGGACAUUAGCAUCCCCGAUUACUGCUGCCUGGGUGACGGGGAAGAAGAUGAGAUCACUAUUAAUGCCUGGUUUGGUCCCCAGGGAACUGUCUCCCCCCUUCAUCAGGAUCCCCAGCAAAACUUCCUCACCCAGGUGAUCGGGAGGAAAUACAUCCGGCUAUAUUCCCCACAGGAGUCAGAGGCUUUAUAUCCUCAUGAUACACACCUUCUUCAUAACACAAGCCAGGUUGAUGUGGAGAAUCCUGACUUGGAGAAGUUCCCCAGGUUUGCCAAGGCUCCGUUCUUGUCCUGCGUCCUGUGUCCUGGAGAGAUCCUGUUUAUCCCCGUUAAAUACUGGCAUUAUGUGCAGGCUCUGGACUUGAGCUUCUCCAUCAGCUUCUGGUGGUCAUAGCCAGGAUUAGAGGAAGGAAAGGCCUGAAAUGACAAUAACACUUGUGGAUUCCCUCGGCACUGCCCUGUGCCAACCGGGUACUGGGGCCUGAAAUUGGAAAUCAGCUAACCCGAGCCUGUGCCCUCAAGAAGCCUUUGCUGGGGGCUGAUCUGGGGCACUGGGCAGACAAAGGGUGAAAAGUAACCAGGCAGGGGCCUGCACCAGGCCUGGUGUACACGGCAGAAGCCAGCCAGCAAGACCCCAGAAGGACCUUCCAGGCUGACUGCCCACAUGGGGACUCAUGGGUGGGCUUCAUGAAGCCCAGAGUAUUUAGGAAAUGGGCAAGCAGUUUGCAGUGUUAGAGCGUGAAUGCUGAGGUUGGCUUCAACGUGAGGUUGGGCCUGGAUUCAAAUGCAGCCCUACAUGACGGUGCCUGCCAUCGAAGUCGAACAGUCUGAAGGGGAGGCGUGGAGCUGAAUAAAUGUACAACUCACUCUGAGAGGACGCCCAGUCAAGCCGGAACAUAACAUAUAGCCUUUAUUCUCCUCUUUUUAUACACACUCAGGAAGGGCAGGUUAACCAGGGAUCAAGAAACAUGUGCUUGAGGACUGACAUACUUUUUAACAAAACAAGCAUACUCUGUCCUCAGGAUAGAUCCUAUCUCAGCACACUCAGACUCAACAUCUAGGACUUGUUAUUAUUCUUAGUGAACUCCCUUAUCCCUGACCGUUCUUUCACCCCAGUCUCUCAGCUGUCCUCUCUCGGUUCCCUUUGGGUUUCAACCAUCUCCAACAUCUCUCCCUUUUUUCUUUAAUAAAACAACCAGCCCAACUCAGACUGGGUCAAGGUAUGUGCCUGUCUUAGGUUGUAUGGUUGCAGUAAAUCCUCACCCGUCUUGGGGCUAUAGUCCUCUGUGGACCACUCCCUGUCUUAGGUUGGUAUUUACAAUUCAACCAUAUCUUACCCGUCAUUGGCUACCAUACUUGACUUUAGAACUUAUGAUUUACAAGUGGGGGAGGCCGUCUGCAAUUUCAAAUAAUGCAGGUCUCUUAAAGCUUGCUGGAUGAGUUUCCACAUGCUGUGAAGGAUGCAAGGCCCUAGUAACAGCAAUAGAAGACAUAAAAUGCCUAGGGUUAAGAGAGGUGUGACAGCGUGCCAGAGACUAUUCAGGGGUUCUUUGAACAUGUCUUUUAUCUGAUUUAAUAUAUCAGAUGCAGUUUUGGCUGCAAAUAAGAUAUGAUUUAAAUGGUUCUGUGGUGGCCGGGGAUAUAACUCCCCCUUUUUUGUUUUUUUCCAAUUGAGCUUUAAGGGUGCCAUGGGCACGUUCCACAAUGCCUUGGCCUUGUGGAUUAUAUGGUAUCCCAGAUUUGUGUGAAAUAUGCAUUACAUGGCUGAGAUCGAACAUAUCAAAAGACAGACAUAACUUGAAUAUAUAUAGGUUUUAACAAACUACUAGUUAAAUUGCAUACACACAUUAACAGAAUAGGAAUACAGAUACAUAACAAAGGCAGACUUAAUUACUAGUUAUAUCUAAUGAAAUUAAGAAAACUAGUUAGCUUAAGCAUUUGUAGAAACUUAUUGACAAUAUGAUGGAUAUCAUCUAAUUGAUUUUGGGUAGUUUCAGAAAAAUCAGACAAAUUGAAAUUGAAACAGCAUAUUCUUGGAAAUUGUUCACAUCCUACAUGUUCUUUUAACAGCAGAUAGUCUAUAGCAGAGCGAUUCUGAAGCACUGCAUCUCGCACUUCUCCCAGUUUUUGGUUGAGUUCAGAUAAUACAGAAGCAGUCAAAUUUGUUGUUUUGCUAUAUGCACAGGCCAGCUUAGAUAUCUCUGCAUUCCAAUGACAAGUCCAGGAACCAGCAGGAGGAACGCAGCUGCAACUGCAACAGCGGCAGAAUCUGAAAGUUUCAAGUUUUCAUCACAGAUGGCAGAGCUCGGAGAAGUCUCCUGCACUUAUAUCCAGGAUGAUCUAUUAGGGCAGGAAGAAUGCGUCCCACCCCACAAACACCUCGAUAGUGUGAAGAAAGGGCUUGAUAUGUUUUGUUAUUACAUAAAAAUACCGAACCAUUAGGAAGUCUAUAUCCAGAAGACCAUUUUACAUUGAUUGUAGAAUUACAAUAGAUGGUACAUGAGUACAAUUAAUACAUAGUAAUUAUAGUAGUACUAACAGAUAAAUUUAAUUGGGCAUCAGGAGUAAGCAUCUUAGGGGGAAGAGUGAUAUUUCUGUGACAUAAAACAUUCAGUAAUAAAGUUUAGCAUUAUUCCUUUUGA